AUGCUGUGGUCUCCGUUCCUGAUUCUCGCCGUUUUCAUCGAGAGAACAACUUUCUCCACUGGGCUACCAUCAUACAACCUGGACAUCUUCUACUGUAGAACGGAUGCAAUUCUCUCGGUAGAAGCACCUUCAGGUCACGUGGUGUUCGACUAUAGCGCCGGCAAGGACUGUUCUCUACAGAUCCAGGCACCCAGAGGGAACCUCGGAUCCAGGUUUCUCUUCAACUUCGAAAGUCUCUUGGUUGGAUCGCGGAACAGUGAAGGGUGUGGGAACGAGGAACUGCGUAUCUACGAUGGGCCUAUGUCCAGCGGAGGAUCGUAUCUUUCGGUACCCGGCUGCCUGUCCGAUGACGUGUACGGAGACAGCAGCUGUAACUGUCCGGACGGGAGUGACGAGGCAGACACGGGCGUCUGCGGGAACAUUCAGACUGUGCUGCCACGGGAGACCUCUAGCGGCUGGACACAGUACCUGCAGGUCCUCAACUCUCCAACACUCUCCCCAGACGAAUUCAAUGGCGAUAUAACGCUACCAGCAGUACUAGACGAUACCCAAGACGCUAAAAAGGGCGCAGAGUUGGAUCAGCAUCGCAACGAAACGUCGGGGUUGAAAAAAGGAGAAGAAGCGACUGGCGAGUCCCCACCGGCACCAGAAGAGAAGUCAGUCGGUCACAUAGCCGCAGAAGUGGGCGGCUGCCUGGCCGCGGGGACGGCCGUAGUAGUGGCUGGGGUUCUAGCCUAUUUGAAGCUCAAGGCCAAAUCACAAAACAGAGUUGGCCCUUCCGUAUAGAAACAA